AUGGGAGAACCAGUUGACGUCAAGUUCAAAAUGGAACUCUAUCAAGUUAUAGAGCUUAACGAACGUCAGCAAUACGUGUCCAUAUCAGCUUGGGUGAUUGAACGGUGGUACGACGAAUUCAUUUUCUGGGACCCAGCCAAAUACGAUAAUAUCACAGAGGUGAAGAUGCAUCACAGUACCAUUUGGAUACCAGACACCACACUCUACAACACGCUGGUUAUGAAAGACGAUGACCAACGGCGACUUCUAUAUGCGAAGGUCACCACAGAGUAUGACAAACGCCGAUCAUACGUGGAGUUUCUCUAUCCAGCUAUUUAUAAAUUUCACUGCAGGCUCUACUUACAGUUUUUCCCUUUCGACUCACAAGAAUGUCAUAUGAUAUUUGGAAGUUGGACUUCGGAUAACCACGACAUUGACUACCAUUCUUUGGAAAGCGCUGUUGGUACAGCCAACUUUCUACCCAGCGAAGGAUGGAGCCUGAUGGGAACAUCCGGUAUGCAACAGCUUUCACUUCUUAACAGUAGUUCUGCAUGA